AUGUAUCAGGAGAAUCCUAUCCUAUCGAACGGUACAACACCUGCCGCUAAGAAGGCGUCUGCUGUCCUUGCCUUGCGAAACUUCAUCUUCGACAUAUGCAAUCAGAAUGGCGGGGGUCACGGUGGUUCUGCCAUCGGUAUGGCUGCUAUAGGCGUGGCAUUAUACAAGUAUGUCAUGCGAUACAAUCCAUCGAACCCUGAGUGGUUUGACAGGGAUCGUUUCGUUUUGUCAAAUGGCCAUACUGCGAUGUUUCUUUAUGCGUUGAACCAUUUGACUGGCUUUGAUAACUGGACGAUGGAUGAGAUCAAGGGUUACGGAAGCGCGAAAACGAAUGGCUACACGACCAUUUGUCAUGCUCACCCCGAGAUCGAAGUCCCAGGUGUCGAAGUAACGACGGGCCCCUUAGGCCAAGGUGUUGCAAAUGCCGUUGGUUUGGCUAUUGCGUCCAAGAACCUUGCAGCUUCCUACAACCAGCCAGAUUUCAACGUUGUGCAGUCCAGGAUAUACUGCAUGAUGGGUGAUGGCUGCCCUAUGGAGGGAGUAGCACUAGAGGCCAUCUCUCUCGCAGGCACUCUCGGAUUAGACAACCUGGUACUUCUGUACGAUAAUAACCAGGUCACUUGCGAUGGACCUCUCGACUGGAUCAAUACCGAAGACAUCAAUGGUAAAAUGCGGGCAUCCGGGUGGCACGUUCUCGAUAUUGAGGAUGGUUCCUACGAUGUGCAAACCAUUGUUCAUGCACUCGAGUUUGCUAAGUCAUUGAAGGGCAAACCUAUUUUCGUUAACAUUCGCACUGUCAUCGGACUGGGAACGAAUGUUGAGGGCACUUUCAAGGCUCAUCAUGGUGCCUUCGACAAAGACAGUGUUACGAAAUCGAAACAAAUAGCAGGUCUAGAUCCAGCGAUCACACACGUCAUUCCACAAAAUGCUCUGUCAUACUUCCGCGAGAGGAAGCAACAUGGAGAGAAAAUCGAGGCUGAGUGGGAUCGCCUUCUUAGUGACUAUCAGUCAAAACAUUCAGAUUUGGCUACAGACUUCACAUUGCGACGGAAUGGUGACAACGGUACCGAAUGGCAAGACAUUCUUACAGGGCUGGAUGCGAAUGAUUUGAAAGGUCUCGCAACCAGGGAAGUCAACGGCGUUUUGAUUGAGAAGAUCUGGAAAGCAUACCCUGCACUCUGCGGUGGUGGCGCAGAUCUUGUGAAUUCCAACAAGGUAUCUUAUUCCGCAGAAGAUGUCUUCCAUCCAUCAGUCAGUUACAAGGGCCGUUACAUCCGCUAUGGAAUUAGAGAGCACGCCAUGGCGGCUGUGUCCAAUGGCAUCGCUGCAUACAACCCAGGGACAUUCCUACCUAUCACCGCUACGUUCUUGAUGUUCUAUCUAUACGCCGCACCAGGAGUCCGCAUGGGGGCACUCAGCCAUCUUCCCGUCAUCCACUUCGCGACCCACGAUUCCUUCGCAGAAGGUCAAAACGGACCGACUCAUCAACCCGUUGAGCUUGACUCGCUAUACCGAGCCAUGCCAAACCUCACAUACAUCCGUCCCUCUGACGCUGAGGAGACAAUCGGAGCAUGGCUGCUCGCCAUCUCGAAGCAAACAGGCCCGACGAUGUUGUCGCUCGGUCGCGAUCCAGUUGGACAGGUGCCAGGAACCGAUAGAUACAAGGUCGCUAAGGGAGCCUAUGUUAUUGUCGAUGUCGCGGACGCCAAAUUGACGUUGGUCAGCUGUGGUACGAACUUGCACUACGCAGUUGCAGCCGCAGCCGCACUAUCCUCUUCAGGCACACCAACACGAGUCGUGAGUGCCCCAAGCUUCGAGCAUUUCGAUGCACAGGACAAGGCCUAUCGCGAGUCGGUAUUCCCAUUGGACGGAACACCUAUCGUCAGUGUGGAAGAGUAUGUGGCCACCUACUGGGCGAGGUAUGUCACUGCCAGCGUGGGAAUGACUGGAUAUGGGUAUUCGGCAUCGAACCCAAGCAACUACGACAGGUUUGGUCUGGAUGCUAAAGGUAUUGAAAGCAAGGUCAGGUCAUACCUCAAAGAGUUGGAAAGCACAGGUGGAAACGCUAGGAUGGCUGGAUGGAGGCAGUUGUAAUCAAACAUACUGUACUCUCAAGUGUCCAAGCCGUGUCUUCUAAAAUUUAUAGAUUAUAAUACUAGAUAUGAGGGAUAUGCUUGCAUCACAGAUUCCAAAAUGAAAACCCUCUUGUUCUUCGC